AUGACAACUCCUCUUGUCACACCUCGCCCAAUCUCAAUUACAUUAGAUGGAUCUAAUUAUGUUAUAUGGGCUCGACAUAUGACAAGCUAUCUUCAAUCUCGCAAACUAUGGAGGGUUGUUACAGGUGCUAUACCUAGACCAGUUCAAAAAGAAAGGGAAGAUCAAGAUGCCUUUGACAUUAGAGAAGAAAAUUGGUUGUGUAAGAAUGGAGAAAUUGUCACCAUUCUGUAUAAUACUUCAACAACAGAAAUCAAUCAACAAUUUGGGCUUUUUGUCACUGGUAAAGAAAUAUGGGAUUUUCUUAAAGAUAGGUAUACCACCACUGAUAUGGCUCAUCAGUAUCACCUUUUGUCUGGGCUUCUUAGCAAACGUCAACAACCAGGUCAAACCAUCAGUGCAUUUCUAUCUGAAGUACAAGUUAUAUGGGAUCAACUGACUCUUGCGGGACCCACUUUCAAAUGUCAAGAGGAUGCUAUGAUUUCAACUACCCAUCAAAAACAACAUCUCAUGAUCUUUCUUAUGGCGCUACAAGAUCUUUAUGAACCUGUUCGAGCUUCUCUCCUACAUAGGUCUCCUCUUCCUACUCUUGAAGCUGCGAUAGCUGAACUUAUCUCAGAAGAAACCAGGUUGGGAGUUCCUACUUCAUCAACUAGUUUAUCCACUGAUGGAGUUCUUGCUGUACCUUUCCACAAAGGCGUUCGAAACUUCACAUCCAACAAAGCUCAGUUUCCACACAACAUAAAAUCAUCUCAGUGCUCAUAUUGUCAUGAUAAUGGUCAUCAACUAUUGGAUUGUCCAAACCGUUCUUGUAUUUUUUGUCAAAAGAAACAUCCUAGGCACUUUGCAUCUAACUGUUUUAAGAAUCCAGAUCGCAUCAAAAAUAUCACUGCAACAGUUUGUGCUCCAGAUUCUUCCAAUGUGCCUUUGGGGUCCUCAACAGCUCAGAGCCUCAACACUUUUACCUCUGAUGAUGUAAUCGAGCUCAUAUACAGGUAG